AUGGGAUGCUGGGAGGCAGUGAGCUUUGGAUUCAGUGCAGUGGUACAGACCAGGACACUUGGCAUGGAGAGUGGGAAAGCCACGGCUUAUGUCUCUGAACACCUAAAUAGAUACAGUGGGUGCAGACUGUUGUCUGUUUCAAGUUCUUUACUUGUGGCGAUUUUGUGGAUUUUUAUUUUCGGAGCACCACUAAACAUGACAGUAACAUCGUCGAUCGCUGCAACUAAAUGGCUAAUAUGCUGUGCGUUAUUUUGCUGCAACCUCAUGCAGGUCUCAACCACAGAAAUACGUUAUUCUGUACUCGAGGAAACAAAGACAAAACAUGUCAUAGGUAGUCUUAGCAAGGACAUUGGACUGGAUUCUAACCAACUGAGGCCACGCAGAGCACGCUUGGAUCACCAGGGAGAGGGGCAAUUUUGCGGAAUAGAUCUUGACACAGGAGAUUUCGUUGUCGUGGAGAGAAUCGAUCGAGAAUCACUUUGUGGAUCAACGUCUCCUUGUUUCCUACAUUUUGAGUUUAUUAUUGAAAAUCCUCUGGAACUUCACAAUGUUGUUUUACAGGUCCAAGACAUAAACGACAACGACCCUGUCUUCACAAAAGAUUCGAUAAAGCUCGAAAUAAGCGAGUCGACACCGACUGGAACUCGCUUUCAAAUAGCCCCUGCACGUGACCUGGAUGUCGGUAUCAAUUCAGUGCAGAACUACUUUCUUGAUCAAAAUAAAUAUUUUGAGCUGGAUGCAAAAUCAAGUAAGAAGAGAUAUGUUGAUAUUGUUUUGAAAAAUAUUCUGGAUCGAGAGACAGAGGAAGACCAUUCUUUUAUAUUGACAGCCAUCGACGGGGGAAGUCCUCCCAGGUCAGGCUCUGUGGUUAUCCAAGUGUUCGUCCUUGAUGUUAAUGACAAUGCACCCAUUUUUUCACAAUCAUUGUACAAGGCUCAUUUGUCUGAACAUUCAACCCCUGGUACGUCUAUUGUCAAAGUCCAAGCGACAGAUCAAGAUAAAGGAGCAAAUGGACAAAUUACGUAUUAUAUCAGUCAUCUGUCUGAUAGCACUAAAGACUUAUUCCAAAUUGACGAAAUCAGUGGUGAAAUGAGACUUAUUGGACAACUUGACCACGAAAAGGCCAAUUCAUAUGAAGUGGAGAUUCAGGCAGAGGAUGGAGGGGGCCAGGCUGGACACUGCAAAGUCUUUAUCGAAGUAUAUGACGUAAAUGACAACGCACCUAUAAUCACUGUAAAGUCUCUCACCAAUCCGAUUCCAGAAAAUAUUCCGUUUGGCACAGAAGUGGCUGUCAUAAAUAUUAAGGACCAAGACUCUGAAGAAAACGGCAGAGUUAACUGCUUUAUAUCCAGCAACAUACCCUUUAAAUUACAGCCAUCUAUCAAAAACUAUUUCACUGUGAUUAGUAGCGGUCCCCUUGAUCGAGAGCAAGUUUCUGGAUAUAACGUAACUAUAACGGCAUCGGAUGGGGGGACACCUUCCCUCUCCUCCACAACCAUACUGAAUUUCCAAGUGUCAGAUAUAAAUGACAAUCCACCUGAAUUUAAAGAGAUAUCCUAUAAGGCAUAUGUGAGAGAAAACAACAAACCGGGUUCCUUCGUUUGUUCUGUCUCAGCAAGAGACCCAGACUGGAGACAAAAUGGAACAGUAUUAUACUCUUUGUUGCCUGGUGAGGUUAAUGGUUUUCUGGUUUCUUCCCUUUUAUCCAUCAACGGGGAAACAGGUGUCAUCCAAGCUAUGAGAGGGUUUGAUUAUGAGAAGUUUCGAAGCUUCAAAGUCCAAGUUGUAGCCAGAGACAAUGGUUCUCCUCCACUUAGCAGUAAUGUGACUGUAAGUGUCUUCAUAACAGAUGAAAAUGACAAUUCUCCACAGAUACUGUAUCCCUCUCCAGAGAGAGGCUCUUUCAUGACCGAGAUGGUCCCCAGAUCUGUCAUCGCUGGUUCUUUGGUCUCCAAGGUAAUCGCUGUAGAUGCCGACUCAGGUCAGAACGCGUGGCUUUCUUAUUACAUCGUAAAGUCCACUGAUCCAGGACUUUUCACAAUUGGACUCCAUAGUGGAGAAAUCAGAGUAUUGCGGGAUAUUUCUGAAUCCGAUCCAAUGAGGCAAAAUCUUAUUGUCUCAGUUAAAGACAACGGACAUCCCUCUCUCUCCACCACAUGUUCAGUCUAUUUGCUUAUAUCUGACAACUUGGCAGAGAUCUCUGAACUAAAAGAUAUGUCUAACGAUGAAAAAAAUAAACUUACAACUUAUCUGAUUAUUGCUCUAGCAUCUGUUUCUACAUUUUUCUUGAUUUUUAUUAUUCUUAUAAUGGCCGUGAAAUUUUGUCAAAGAAGAAAGCCAAAUCUCUUUUUUGAUGGAGCAGUCACUAUUCCUGGAACCUACCUACCGCCUAACUAUGCAGAAGUGGAUGGUGCGGGAACUCUCCAGAGUUCUUACAAUUAUGAUGCAUAUCUAACAACGGGUUCACGUACAAGCGACUUCAAGUUCGUCACCUCUUACAAUGAAAGCACACUUCCAGCAGUCUCCACACUGAGAAGGACAGACCACUGUCAUGUUGAUGACUCCCUGCUGGACGCACACAAUUCAGAGGAGGUACGCCCCUGA